UGGGCGGAGUGUUGUGUUUACAAAAUAUGAUAGAUUUUCGAAUUAUUAGAUAAAAUAUAUGAAUAAUAAAACAUCAAAUAAAGUGCAUCUUCUAAACUGUUUAUUUAUAGAAUAUCUACUGUAAAGUGGUGAAUAAAAGUGUCUGUUAAGCUGUGCACCGCGAUCUUCACCAUGGGCUUGUCUCGGUGCUACUCGUUGAUGAAGUGUUUGUUGAUCAUGUUCAACGUUAUAUUUCUCUGCGUGGGAGCCGGCGUGUGCGCGUUCGUGGCGUGGGCGCUGUGGGACGGGCGCGGCGCGGAGGGCGGCGACGGGCGCGCCGGCCUGUGCGCGCUUGGCUUGUGGGCGCUGGUGCUGUCGCUGGGCGCGGUGGCGGCGCUGGCGGGCGCCAUCCGCGGCUCCGCGUCGCUGCUGGCGGCGGCCUUCGCGCUGCUGGCGCUGAGCGCGGUGGCGGAGGCGGCGGCCGCGUGGUGGGGCGCCGCGCACCAGCCGCAGUUGGAGCAGGCGCUGCGCGAGCGCUUGCGCCACUCGCUGCUGCACGAGUACGGCGAGCUGCCGGCGCGCACGCAGGCGCUGGACGCCAUCCAACGCGGGCUGCAGUGCUGCGGCGUGGACGGCGCGCGCGACUGGCAGCGCGCGGCCUGGGCGCGCGCCGCGGGGCAGCUGGACCUCAGCGUGGCCGCGCCCGCCGCCUACUACUGGGUGCCCGCCUCCUGCUGCACGGUAUUGAGAUGUGAAGUAUUAAGAUUGAAGAAAUUACAAAUCACACCGUACAGAUCCACCUGCUUUUCGCGGAGUGUAGCAAAUUAAGCUUAAUUUUCAUAAUAUAUCAUGGAAUUCUGCUAAGUAACGCUUGCUUCUAUCCAAUCUUAAUUAAAAUGUUUUCAUUUAUGAUCUAAACAUUUGGUGUUCAUAAGAGCUUGAAAAAUAUGCUGGGAUUAUUGUAAAAUGAGCCUGAAAGGAAAUAAUGCUAAAAAAAACUAUUUUGUGCCUUUGGAAAGAUGGCAACGCGAGCAACAAAUAUACGAAAAGAGGCAGCGCGAAAAAAUUAAAAUAAAUAAAUUUUCGAUACUCCUGGAGAACUACCAAAUGGCUCGAUUUUAAAAGAAAUCUAACAUGAAUGAUAGAGUACAAACCUUUUUUUUACUGAGGCCGGUGUUAGAUUUAAGUGUGCUUUCUAACUUAAUUUAAAUGUGUACUUAGUUUAUAUCGAGCGCGCGGCACCCCGGGUCACUAGAUAAUAAUGUCUUCAUUUACUCGUCCUAUUUGUAUGAAAUAACACGAGAUGCGUUCAUGUAAUUUCUCGUGGCGCACAGCUUAGCCCUGCAGGACAUAGCAAAUUUGAGCUUCAAACCAAUAAGGAAAGUUCCAUUUGCCAUAUGACAAUGUAGGGGUCGCCGCGCGUCGCAGUGCCAUGUAGUGUAUUUGUGUCGCGCAGUAUCCUUGUGUUCACACUAAUAAAUGUAACAACUCC